AUGGCUAGUAGAAGAAGACCCAGUGCACGACAACCUGCUGGUAGUAGACGGCUGCCAGCUAAAAAUCGUAUUCUUGGUCUUACGCAGCAACCCGUCAGCGCUAAUAUAACACCUAAUAUAUCUUAUACUCCCAUAUUUAGUAUAGAAUCACCACGUACACCACCUCCCGGGCAACCCUCUUCUUCCGAUUGGGAUUCUUACACUCCUUCGCAGCGCGAACAAAUACAAGCGGAAGCAUGGAGAAAGUUAGCUGAAACAUGGCAACAAUGGCCCGAAUUCGAGAAAACAUGGGAAGGGGUGCGACAUCUCGGGAAAGGCGGUGCCGGCUCUGCAGAUCUGUAUCGAAAGAUUGGAUCGCAAAAGGGAACGGAAGCAAUGCCUGAGUAUAUUGUAGUCAAACAAGCUGACGGAUCAGACAAGGAUCUUUUGAGCGAGUCGAUGUUACUCCAAUUAUUCGUGGAUAGAGAUACGUCACAUGUGCUGAAGAUAUAUCAGGGAUACCAUGAAGGCGAGGUUGUACCACAUAACAUUGGAGGAAUGUUUGAUAUCGGGAGAGAGAAUUUCAAGAGGCGUCAGAAGAGGUGUCAAAGCAGGAUCUAUCUCGAAUUUUGCGAGAAGGGCGAUGUCGAAAACUGGAUGACGAAUCAAAUUGAAAAGUCCGGUGCUGUACUUCAAGAGAAAGACAUAUGGAACAUCUUUGAGUGUUUAACUCGAGCAUGCAUCGUGCUCGAGAGAGGAACUGAGAAUUUAGAGGCUGAGAAUGAUCGAGACUGGAUCCCUAUCUGCCACUUGGAUAUUAAACCGGCAAACAUACUCAUUGGAGAUAAGGACGAAAUUCAUGAUAUCGACAUCUUUAAGAUGGGAGACUUUGGCUUAGCAAGCCAUGUUCCUAGCAACCCACAAGAUCCCGGAUGGCUCGAACAUGUUGCGAAUAAUUUGACGCUCGGAUGGGGCGCCCCAGAACAAUUUUUUCCUCAAAUGCAGAAUCGUUUCUAUAGUACACCUGCCAAUGUCUUUGGCGUAGCUGCAAUACUAUACUUUCUAAUGACAAAACAACAAGUCAGAAUAGGCCAAGACAUGGCGUAUGUAGGAUUUCCAUCAUCAGACACUGAUUCCACAGUAGCACUACAAACACCAGUGCUAACAUGUGGACGGAGCCUACUCGAUGAUCCCACGAUAAAAAGCUCGGGUAUCUAUUCGAAAAGUCUCAUAAGAACAUUACUCCAAUGUCUCGCGUAUUCACCCCACGAGCGCAUGACUGCGAAGCAAUUACUCGAUAUUCCUUGCAAGAAUAUGGGAGAGAAAUACAUGUAUGAAGAUAGCCAGCCAGUGACCAAUUACUGGCCAGGAAAAAUCGCGCCAAGCAUUCCAGAAUAUCAGGAUCCCAAAAAACAUUUGAAAUAUAAUCCAACGCACGAAUCGAUUGCAGAGGAGAAAGAGAGAGAAGGCAUAUUCCUGGCGUCUUUCUGGAUAACUCCACCUAAACAAAUAGCACCGCCAACCUCGUUUUCCGCAAGUGCCUUCAACUCCACGCUGGACUCCAGCUCAAGUUCAGGUGCAAAUAUGUCUUACAAUUUUGGAAAGCUAACCUCUGCCUCACAAUUUGGUGACUCUAAUCUUUUUGAAACUGAAAAUACCUCUGGCGUUAAAUUCACUCCAGGAAAUAGCUUUAUGUUCGGACGAAAUCAGCCUUCAGAGCCUCAGCAUGGCAACCUCGAAUAUUUUUGGUCCUGGGAACGCCUUUCGUACAAGUACUUUUGA